AUACAUAACAAUGUAAACCUGUGACACUUUGAAGCUCUUAAAAGAUAUUAAAACCUGACUUAUUAUUUAUUUUAAGGUGCAACAAGUCAGAAGUAGCCACCUGUCGGACCUGGUCUCAAAGCAAAUAACCAUUAACUGCUAAUACAUUUUACAGCUAGCGGUUCAGACUGGAAGCUCAGGAUGUGUUAGUGUUUACGUUACUUAUACAGCAGCAUUGGGGACAGAUUGAUUAGCAUGCUCACACCAGUAAAUAUCUCUGCAACACAACAUGCUGGUGGUGCAAUGUCGUAGCUGUCAUGUCUUAACUUGCUGCUGAAAAUGUAUGUUAAUUUUCUAAAGUUUUCAACUGAGAUGUUGCACCUUUUAAGAGGGGUUUUGUCUUCAGUAUCUUAAGUCAAGUCUUCUAUAUCACAACAAGGCUAUAGUGGGGGCAAUUUUGAGGCACUGGUACUUAACUUUUCAUUUUAUGCUAUUUUUACUGCAACAUAUUUCUGGGGGAAUUGCUUUUACUUGUCUUCAUUUAUUUUGUUGGGUAUUUAAACCUGGUGGUCUCCCUUCUUUUCAGAUGCAGCAGUGUCUGGUCAGGGCAUCCUAUCAUGUUUCAGAUGUCUAUGCAUAUAAAAUAUACAACAUUAUAUAAAGUAACCUUAUUCCCCUUUGUUGUCCUGGUUCUUAGCUGUAUGUGUAUUUGGCCAAAAAAAAAAAAUCUAGUGUGAAAUUUCUUGUAUGUUUACAACCAAAUUUCACAAAUAAGUUAAAAGAAAAGUCAAAACUAUGGAUACAAAUUGACCUCCCAGAUUUAUCUUGUGACUCUUUGCAGGGGACUCCAACCCAAAGUUGGACUGUUACUCCACUGAGCUGCACGUUAACUCCAUAUAAAGUACAGAAGCAUAGCAGAUAAUGACAAUAACACAGUGAUGCUUGUGAUGUGUUUAUUCUCAUUAUGAAUACAUUUUGAUCAGACUAGAAAGAUCUGUUUUAUGCCGAAACAAACUAAAUAAACAAACACUUUUUGUAUUCAGGAUUGAAUAAACAAACUAACUUUAAAGUACAACACAGUCAUAUGCUGUUUCACUUUUUUUUUUUUUAUAUGUGGGGGACCCUGCCACCUUUCUAGCCUCAAACGAUGUUCUGGGGACCUUAUUUUUCUCUAAAACAGCUUGUUUAUUCACUUAAGGAAAAAAAAUACAUUAUUUCUGAGUUUGUAUUAUUACCUCAUACAGUAUAUAUUACAUUCCAAACUCGAAUUUCUUGUCCAAACCUACAUACUGCUUAUUUUAUUAGUUACUACUUGUACUCAGUUAACUAUGUUAUACAAUUAUUUACUACUUGUAUAACAUAGUUGUUGCUGCUACUUAAACCAACUCCUGCCUCCCGAUCAACACUUAUACAAGAUGAGGUCAGCGAUGUGCUGCAAUGAAAACCUGCAGCUCAGGUGGAUCAUGUCUAGCUUCCUGUUUUAACCCUGAGCAGCCCUGGACAACACAGAGGUUCAUCCCGUGAGGCAGCAUAAUAUCAUCUCCCCACCUAACAUAAACGUUUCUGAGGUAAAUUGACCAUGAAUAAGUUUUUGUUGUUUUUUUUCCCGCACCGCUCCACUGUUUCCAUCCUCCCAGCUUGUCUCUGCAUUAAAUAUACUGUAUCCAGACACGUAAAACCAAACCUUACCCUUCAAUAAUUCAUCUGGCGCUGAAUGAAUUAUUGAAAUAUGCGCGUCAAUCAGCCGAGGCGUCGGAAAGAAAAAGGAAAAAAAAAGAGAGAAACACAGAGGGACUCCUGCGCUCCACCAAUGGGAGAGUGAGGUCCCAGAGCUUCGACCAAUGGGAGCGCCACUUUCAUCCACUUCCUGUUGUGGAUCCGGGAGUCGGACGGAGCAAUUCCUGCGCUCCACUAUGUGAAUUAAAACACCACGAAUGAGUCCUGUUCUCCACGGCGGAGGUGUUGUUCACGACACGGCCUCAGGUCAUGGGCCUCGGAGACGGCAGGUAUCGGCUGUUGCACCUGAUGUCAUGACGCGUCUGUUGAUAUUCCCUUGACAACCGCGGAUCGGAUAGCAAUAUUCAGGGGCCAUCAUGCCCAUCACGCUGCUGUGGGCCGUGGAUGUGUACGGCCGGGUGUACAGCCUGUCCACAGCUGGCCAGCGGUGGGAGCGUGCGGACGACCUGCUGCUGGAGCUGAAGCGCGUCUCUGCGGGGAAGGGCCGCUGCUGGGGCAUCGGCUGCGACCACCGCGUUUACCUCAACAUGAUGCCCAGCGAGACCCCCAUCCGCUACAGGGAGGAGACCUACGAGAACCAGAGGUGGAACCCAGUGGACAGCUUCACCGACACGCUGCUGCCCACCGACCGCUGGCCGUGGAGCGACGUGACCGGGAUGAAUCCGCAACCGCUCCACAGCUUCGAGCUGCCCUCCCACAGCUGGGAGUGGGAGGGGGACUGGUAUGUGGAUCAGAGCUGUGGAGGAGAACCCAGCCAGACCGGGGGCUGGGAGUAUGCGGUCGAUUUCCCAGCCAACUUCUCCCCAGACAAGAAGUGGAACUCUUGUGUUCGUCGGCGGCGGUGGAUCCGCUACAGGAGAUACAUAGCACAAGGCACCUGGGCCAGGAUCCCUCUGGACAGUCCCAGGAAGCCGCCGCUGCCGCUCUGUGACAUCAGCUGUGGUGGCUGGGAGAUGAGUGACCAGUCUGGAAGGUAUCCCUACCUCUGGGGCGUGUCACAGCAAGGACAGGUGUGGUUCAGGGAGGGCAUCCACCCUCGGGUCCCAGAAGGCACCACCUGGGAGGAAGUAGAAGUCCCCAAGGAGGUGGCUCAGUUGUCGGCCGGCCCCGGGGACCUGCUGUGGGUUUUGCUGUGGGACGGUAACCUGAUGGUCCGCACUGGCCUCAGCCUGGACAGCCCGACUGGCACAUCGUGGGUGGAGGUGGAGUCACCAGUGAAGGAGGUUGAAGCUCUGCAUGUAUCAGUCGGAGUCAGUGUGGUCUGGGUGGUCACUAAAGACUACAAGGUGUGGUUCAGACGUGGCGUGAACUCCCACAACCCCUGUGGCUCCGGCUGGAUCAGCAUCGGAGGGGAGAUGAUGAUGGUGGAUGUUGGACUCAAUGACCAGGUGUGGGCAGUCGGCGAGGACCGCGGCCUGUAUUUCAGAAUGGGCGUGACCCCGUCUGAACCGAGCGGAAAUGGCUGGAUCCCCGUUUCUGCCCAGUGGGGCAACAGUAAAAAUGUUAAUCCACCCAGGAAAGAAUGCGAGCUCAGUGGCCAGAUGACCGAGGCUUCAGUUCUGAGCUGCACCGACUCAGACUCCGAGUUAGGUCCUCCUGAAGCAAAAACUAGCGGCAAUGACACCCCGGUCCUAGAGGCAGAAGCGCCUUCUGUGGUCCCUUUAGGGGGAGCCGACUCACCCACACCUCCCCUGAAAACGGAGGACGCAUCCUCAGCCUCCCAGCAGGACGCCCCCAAAGCCUUCAUCCCUGCCAGCGACAGCUUUAUCAACAGCCUGGUGUCGGACCGCGACAGAACAUCCACCACCCAGUCGUCCAUCACAGAGGUGCCGCAGGAAGAAGGCGAGGAGCCAUCCCCAGCCCCCGUGCUCCCGACGCCUGUGGCUGAAGGACAUGAUGUCCCCUGGAUGAACGUGGACCUGGAGGGGGCGGAAGCAGCUCGGAGCGCCCGGGCAGCGGGGCUCUCGCUGGGCGAUGGAAGCAGCGCUGCCACUUACUCUCUGGAGACCUCUCAGGGCGUCGGAGAGGAGGACGGGCCGGUGUGGACCUGGAUCUCUGGCGGGGGCUGCGACGUGGAUGCCAGUUCCCAGAUCAGCUGGCUCAGUCCCACAGGUCCUCUCACCAGCUCCCUGUCGUUGACUCCAGUUCAGUCAGCAGCCUGGAGCGAACAGCAGCAGCAGCAGCAGGAGCACAGAGAGGAGAUCAGCAGGAAACCUCUGGAGAGAAGCAACUCAGUGUGGGUGCGUAAAGGUGCGCUGCGCUGGUGGAGGGACUGGAGGCCUCAGCGCUGGGUGGACGUGGGCGUCGCUCUCGAGCAGUCCACCAAGUCCGACGGCAGGAAGGACAGCAUCUUCUUCGUCUACUAUACACAGUACGAUGAGAAGAAGUACCUCCAUGUGUUUAUAAAUGAGGUGACGGCACUGGUUCCGGUGCUCAGGGACAGCCACUAUGCCUUUGCUGUGUACACAUCUCAAAGGAUCAAACAGAGGUGGCCUCUGGUGUUGGCAGCUCAAACCGAGAGGGACAUGAACGAAUGGCUGUCCCUGUUGUCUGAUUGCUGCUGCGAGUGUCGAGGGAUCACAGGUCCCCCGUCCAGACACGCCCUGUGGUCCACAACCUCGAAGGGAGACGUCAUGGUCCACGAGCCCUCCUUCUCCUUGGAGGCGACCGCGCACACGCCGGCCUGUGACCUCAUGUUCUGGCGGCAGGUCCCGGGUCACCUGCGCUGUGUAGAGUCUAACAGUCUGGGGCUGGUGUGGGGCAUCGGGUGGGACGGCACCGCCUGGGUCUACAGUGGGCGCUAUGGGCCCCAGCCCACGUCGGAGGAUGUAGAGCAGAUGCACCAGCAGACCGACGUCAGGAGCGUUCAUGUGUAUGAGAAUCAAAGGUGGAACCCCAUGACGGGAUAUACAGACAAAGGACUUCCUACAGACCGCCCCAUGUGGAGUGACGAGAGCGGACUGAAGGAGUGCACCAAAGGCAACACACACCCGCCCUCCCCUCAGUGGUCCUGGGUGUCAGAGUGGGCUGUGGACUACAAUGUCCCUGGAGGGACGGACAAGGAAGGCUGGCAGUACGCGGCAGACUUCCCCGUGACAUUUCACGGCCACAAAACCAUGAAAGACUUUGUCAGGCGCAGAAGAUGGACGAGGAAGUGUAAGAUCUCGCUGAGAGGUCCGUGGCAGCAGGUCCCGCCCAUCCCUUUGACUGACAUCUCUCUGAUGCCUUGCCUGGCCCAGAGCAGGAUGGAGCAGGUGCCCGUCUGGGCCCUCAGCGACAAGGGAGACGUCCUGUGUCGUCUGGGUGUCAGCCCCCAAAACCCUGCGGGCAGCUCCUGGCUACACGUGGGCACGGACCAGCCCUUCAAGUCCAUCUCUAUCGGUGGAGCCAACCAGGUGUGGGCCAUCGCCAAGGAUGGAGCUGUGUUCUACCGAGGAUCUGUUUCCCCGCAGAACCCUGCAGGUGAAUGCUGGUACCACAUCCCGUCUCCCCCUCGACAGACUCUCAGACAGCUGUCUGUUGGCCGGACCUCCGUCUUUGCCGUUGACGAAAACAGUAACUUGUGGUACAGACAGGGCCUCACACCCAGCUACCCACAGGGCUCCGCCUGGGAGCUCAUCUCUAACAACGUCACCAAGGUUUCCGUGGGCCCACUGGACCAGGUGUGGACCAUAGCAGACGGAGUUCCAGGUUUCCCCACAGAGACUCCUGGAGCCGUCUGCCACAGGCUGGGAGUGGGACCCAUGCAACCUAAGGGCCAGUCCUGGGACUACGGCAUCGGGGGAGGAUGGGAGCACAUCAGUGUGAGGGGCAACUCCGCAGAGGCUCCUCGCCCCCCUCAUCCUGGUGCCGCCGGAACCCCCCGCAGCCCGCUCCCCGCACGACCUCCGACACAAGUCAACGGGAACGCUGUGGGUGUGUAGCACCCUCCCAUCUUCUCCUCCUCCUCCUCCUCUUCCUCCCCCCUGCCCCCAGCCCUGUUUGUGCCUGGAUCCACAUCUGUCUCCUCGGACCAUUCCCACAGGCCCUUAACCCUUCAUGUAAAGGGAAUGCACAAUCGUACCACUGAGUUUAUACCGUAUUUUUUUUUUUGGUGGAUUUGACUCUUGAUCGAUGGAUGAAUGUUAUUCCUCCGGGGGACGAUUUCCUAGGUGGAAAAAAAAAUCAUGUCGGUAUGCAGUGACGACGGAGGAGGAAGAGAGAGCACAAGAGCAUUUAGGUAGAAAGGAUCUUGAUGUCUUGUGGGAUCAAAAUGUAAAAGUGAGUGCAUGUGUUUGCUCUAGGCUUUGGCUACUGGGUGUUUUGGGGAUCUAGCAAUAGCUUUGACUCUUCUCUAGAAUAUCCCAUGAAAACCUAAGAGGGUGGGUCUUCAUUAAAGGGCUCGGGUAACUAACUUUAACAACCCCACUGUAGCCGAAGUUGUCUUGGUUUCUAGAAUCUUGUUUCUUUUUUUUUUUUCGUUUUUGCCUGUCAAACGUUUGCAUGUUGUUUAUUUAUUUAUUUAUUUAUUUAUUUACUGUGCAUUUGUUGAAUUUUGUGUCUCCAUAUGUUUUGGCCUGUUAUAUGUUUGCAAUGGAGUGUUUCUCGCCCCAUGUCGCUACAAGUCUCCACAACACCGGAGGACUUUUUCCAAGAUCUCUCUUCUCCAUAGUUAAAAUGCUCUUUCAAACCCAGAAAAAAAAUAUGGAAAAAUUCAGUCACACUACCAGAUGAUACCUCUCUAUCCGCCUGCAAUAAGGAAAGGUCUUCCCCUCAUCAUAUCCGUACGAAUUACUGCUAUGACCAUGAUCUGACUGCGACUGUUGAAACUGUGCGGCGGGCCUGAAUGUCGCCCCUGACUGGACAUUCAUCUGGCGAGGGCGCUGAAGUGUGAAAUAAAAAGUUUAAAAAUAUUCAUUUACAUUCUGACAUCAUUUGAGUCGCUUCGCGGAACAAGUGGAUUUUGCAGUUUGUGGACUGACAGACAGAAAUUCAAUUUUUGUUUUAAUAAAUGGAUUGUGAUAUUUGU